UGUUCAUUGAUCAGUUAAUAGACUAAUUCAGUUUCCACGUUUAAAUAAGUUCCUUUUUUUGUAUGUUUUUUUUUUCCAUCACAUCGUUGAUAGUUGCACUGGUUUGGUUAAAAAGCUGAAAUUUGAUACACGAAUCUAAUUUGUAUAAGGGAGUUCAUAAGAAAUAGUUUGAAGAGGGGGCAAAAUUACGUUUUCUGCUAUGAAGUUAUUGGUUAGUAGGUUGGACUUAACUGUUAGCUAAUUGAGGAAUCGAUUGCUUUGAUUUGAUUUGAUUGGAUUAGUUUGGUUUGGUUUGGUUUGGUCUCUUCAUGCUUUGCAUCUAGUAUCUUCAUUUCUAGGUGGUGGUUUGUGUCUUCUGAUGCUUAGGACUUAGGAGUGUGCCAGCUACUCAAAUACUCCCUCCGCAACACUGCGAAAAUCUGAUUGGAUGCCUAGAGUGGACCACUAAUGAUCCCAUUGAAGUCCAAAUGAUCCGUUAUGCUUGGUCAUUUUACCUAUUGUGAUUGAGAAUGUGGAACUUUGCUUCAAACUGUAUUGCUGGAAGUGUGCGGCAGAAAAAUGAUUCCACAAAGCCAACUCAUUCUGCAUCGGAAUGUUCUGAUGAUGAGAAUUCGGUUGUUGGGAGAGAAGAAGGGCUGGAAUGCCCAAUAUGCUGGGAAUCUUUCAACAUUGUUGAAAAUGUGCCCUAUGUAUUGUGGUGUGGGCACACCCUUUGUAAAAAUUGUAUCCUGGGACUGCAAUGGGCCGUUGUGAAGUUCCCAACGCUGCCAAUUCAACUUCCUCUCUUUAUCUCCUGCCCGUGGUGCAACCUUCUAUCUUUCCGUCUGGUUUAUCAAGGGAAUAUUAAAUUCCCUCGCAAGAACUACUUUCUUCUUUGGAUGGUUGAGAGCAUGAAUGGUGAUAGAGGGAAAUCGCACUCAAAUUGUGGUGGUGAUAAUCAACAACAUUGGCCAAUUAAAGACAAUUUAACCAUGGGAAGCUAUGUAAGCCAUGGAAAUGCCCGGAGGAGCCAAGUUCACCACCCAGAGACAUCUGGUUCUGGCCCUUAUCAUGGCAAUACCGGCGACUAUCUCAGUAUGGAAAGGCUGCAUGCUUCUCUUCGGAAGUCGCUGGUUUUUGUUGUCCAAUUGACAGCUAAGUUCCCAUUGGUCAUUAUAUUUCUUUUGAUCAUCUUAUAUGCGAUACCAGCUAGUGCUGCCAUCUUGGCUCUGUAUAUACUAGUUACGAUUCUCUUUGCUCUCCCGUCAUUUCUCAUCUUAUACUUCUCAUAUCCUAGUUUGGAUUGGCUUAUCAGAGAAAUUGUCACUUGAAACCGUGAAGCAGAAAGUGCCAAUUUCGCAAGCAUUAUGACUAAUGUUUGCUUCCCCCAGUGGCACCCUUUAUCUGAUAUCUUUUACUUUGUAAUUAGCCAAUUCCUUUUACAGGUUGCAUCUUUUCUCUUUUCCAUAUAGAGCCUCAGUAUAAUUGAGUAUUGAUUUUAGCUCUGGUAGAGCUUGGUUCAUUUGUAGGUGUGAUAAAAAUGUUUAGGCCCCAUUUUGGUGGCUAAUAGUGAUUUAUCAAUACAACUUAUACUUUGUACGGACAAAUGGAUAGUCCUCUCUAUACUGUUAAAACUUUCAUGUUUGUAAGUUGUAGUUAUAUCAGUUGUGUUGCUUA